AUGCUGACUCCAGAAGAUGCAGUUCUGUCGGAUGAACUGAAUCAUGCCUCCAUCAUUGAUGGUAUCCGCCUCUGCAAGGCCAACAAGUACCGAUACAAGCACAUGGACCUGGGUGAUCUGGAGGCCAAGCUGAAAGAAGCACAGAAACACCGCCUGCGUCUUAUAGCUACUGAUGGUGUCUUCUCUAUGGAUGGAGAUAUUGCUCCUCUGCGUGAGAUUUGUGGCCUGGCAAAGCGCUAUAAUGCCUUGGUGUUUAUAGAUGAAUGUCAUGCCACUGGCUUUAUGGGACCAAAUGGACGGGGAACAGAUGAGCUUCUUGGAGUCAUGGACCAAGUGACCAUUGUUAAUUCUACACUCGGCAAGGCAUUGGGUGGAGCUGCAGGUGGGUAUACAACAGGCCCAAAGCCUCUCAUUGACUUGUUGCGGCAACGUUCCCGACCAUACCUUUUCUCCAAUACGCUUCCUCCAGCUGUUGUUGGCAGUGCCUCUAAAGCUCUUGACCUCUUGAUGGAAAGUAAUACAAUUGCUCAGUCGAUGACUGCUAAAACGGCACGGUUUCGCAACAAGAUGGCAGCUGCAGGUUUCACUAUUUCUGGAAAUGACCAUCCCAUUUGUCCCGUGAUGCUUGGAGACGCCAAACUAGCUGCAGCAAUGGCAGAUGAUAUGUUAGAAAGAGGAAUCUAUGUCAUUGGAUUUAGCUACCCUGUGGUACCCAAGGGUAAAGCUCGCAUUCGAGUACAGAUUUCAGCAGCUCAUAGUGAUGAAGAUAUUGACAACUGUGUACAGGCAUUCACAGAAGUGGGUCGUAAACAUGGUGUAGUGCCAUAA